CCGGCGCCCACUGCGCCUGCGCUGUGUGUCGGGUGUCCGGAGUCAGGGCUGGCGGGAGAGGGCUGAGGAGGAGCGCGGGAGGAAGGCAGGCAGGCAGGAGGGCGGCGUCGGGGAGUCCUCUGGCACCCAGCCUUCAGCACCACCUGCGGGGGGAGGCGGGAGAAGGAAGCAGAGAGAGAGAGGAGGAGAGAGAAGGAGAGAGAAGGAGAAGAAAGGGUCUGUCUUGCUCUUCCCCAUCCCCUCCGCACCCUAACCAGCCCAGCCCACCUGAGGCUUUGGUCGGAGCCAGCACAUCUCCUGGCAUCGCCUGGCCCCGGAGCAAGCCAGCCAGCAAGCAAGAGAAAGGGAGGAAGGAAGGAAGGAAGGAAGGAAGGAAGGAAGGAAGGAUAAUAAAAGACCCCCUUCCCCAGCCCCCUUUGUAAGGGCUCUCCUCCUGGUCUCUGCUGGAGGGCAUCCCCAGCCCCAGCCCCAGCCCCAGCCGCAGCGCAGGGAAGCCUCGCCUUGGAAGCACGGCUGGAGCGCUGUCCAUUUCAGCACCACGCUCUCUGGGGGCUGGGAAGGGAGCCGCUUGGGCAAGGGCGCCUUCAACGCUGUUGCUGCUGUUGCUGCUGCCAAGGGCGAUCGGCCCCAACUAGGAGGGAGCCCCCCAAGGCCCCCAGAAGGAGGAAGGCUCCGAUCGGGCGGGUUCCUCGGCUCUUUUGUCUGAAGCAGAGACCCAGCCUGUCUCCAGGAGCACCAUGCGACAGCCUUUCCCUUCUUGGAUGCUUCAUCCUGCCUUUUUGUCCUCCCCGACGCUCCUUUAGGUGACUUCAAUGUCGUGUACUUGUUGAUUUAUUUUUCAUUUUCAUUUUCUUUUUCUUUUUUUUGCCCCCAAGGGUGAAAAACCAACUGAAUCUUUGGGUCUCCUUCACGCUGAGCCCACCAUCUCUGCUGCCUCUUGCCUCGAGGACGAAAGUACAGGACGAUUCUUGUUUUCUUGAAACCCUCAUCUUUGAGAGAUUGGGUCUGGUGGCUGCAGCUGGGCAUCUGGUUUCUUCUCUUCUUCCCCCUACCCAUCCUAAGUGUGUGUGUGUGUGUGUUGUGCGGUGGGGUGUGAUAUUGUGUUUGUUCACCUGGCUCCCUCAGAUAUUUUCUUGAAGGCACCUACCACCAUCAAUUGAUCCUCCUUGGUAGGUCAGCUGUCUUUGUGUGCCACUAGAUGGGCCACUAAUGGCCAUGUUUCACCAAGGAAGCAAGCUCCCUCUCUCGCCACUCAGAACAACCUAACCAACCAACCAACCCUUCCUUUACAAGUCUCUGUUGUUGGAAGACGUGUCUUAGCAGUAUAGUCUCUCCUCCCUUUCUCCUUUUCUUUGUGAGCUUUUGAAUCCUCUUUUUAAAUUAUACUCAUAAAAGAGUAUAGUCAUAUUGUAAUUUCCCAACACAGAAACUCUAUCUCCUACCAUUAACUUUCAUUGAUGUGUUGGCUUUUGCUUCUCAGGAGUGGCUAAGGACAUUGGUUGUUGUCCUUGAAGGUGGGUGCCCCCUGGAUAACUUAUCAAGGGGGUCAUUGGUUGCAGGCGCCCCUUGAUGUGCUUGCUGUGUGCUGUGCUUGCUUGGAUGAGUCCACGACAUGCCUAUUAAGAGGCGAAAUGGGCCAGGGCGAUGAAAGCGAUCGCAUUGUGAUCAAUGUGGGAGGGACUAGGCAUCAGACUUACCGCAGCACCUUGCGCACUUUGCCCGGCACUCGUCUGGCCUGGAUCGCUGAGCCAGAUGCCCACAGUCACUUUGACUAUGACCCUCGUACCGACGAGUUCUUCUUUGACCGGCACCCUGGUGUCUUUGCCCAUAUUCUGAACUACUACCGCACAGGUAAGCUGCAUUGCCCAGCUGAUGUGUGCGGACCGCUCUAUGAAGAGGAGCUGGCCUUCUGGGGCAUCGAUGAAACCGACGUGGAGCCCUGUUGUUGGAUGACCUACCGGCAGCACCGUGAUGCUGAAGAGGCCCUUGACAGUUUUGGCGGGGCCCCUCUGGAUAGCAGUGCAGAUGAUGGAGAUGCAGAUGGCACUGGAGACUCAGGGGAUGGUGAGGAGGAGCUGGAGAUGACUAAACGCCUGGCACUCAGUGACUCCCCGGAUGGAAGGCCUGGGGGUUUCUGGAAGAGAUGGCAACCCCGUAUCUGGGCACUCUUUGAGGACCCCUAUUCCUCCAGAUAUGCAAGGUAUAUCGCAUUUGCCUCCCUCUUCUUCAUUCUGGUAUCUAUCACUACCUUCUGCCUCGAAACCCAUGAGAGAUUUAAUCCCAUCGUUAACAAGACAGAGACGGAAACAAUUGGGAAUGACACCCAGGUGCGCAUCUACCAGGAAGCAGAGACUGAGGCCUUUCUGACCUACAUUGAAGGAGUCUGUGUGGUUUGGUUUACUUUUGAGUUCCUGAUGAGGGUAAUUUUCUGCCCAAACAAGGUGGAAUUUAUCAAAAAUACCUUGAACAUCAUUGAUUUUGUGGCCAUUCUACCUUUCUAUCUGGAGGUUGGACUUAGUGGCCUGUCUUCCAAAGCUGCUAAGGAUGUCUUGGGCUUCCUGCGGGUUGUCCGGUUUGUGCGAAUCCUGCGAAUUUUCAAGCUGACCCGCCACUUUGUAGGGCUGCGGGUCUUGGGUCAUACUCUCCGUGCCAGCACAAAUGAAUUUUUAUUGCUCAUCAUCUUCUUGGCAUUGGGCGUCCUGAUUUUUGCCACGAUGAUCUACUAUGCCGAGAGAAUAGGUGCUAAACCCAAUGAUCCUAGUGCCAGUGAACACACACACUUUAAAAACAUCCCCAUUGGCUUCUGGUGGGCUGUUGUCACCAUGACGACCCUGGGCUACGGAGACAUGUUUCCUCAGACUUGGUCGGGUAUGCUGGUGGGGGCCCUCUGUGCUCUUGCUGGCGUGCUGACCAUUGCCAUGCCUGUACCCGUCAUUGUGAACAAUUUUGGAAUGUAUUACUCCUUAGCUAUGGCUAAGCAGAAGCUACCAAAGAAAAAAAAGAAGCAUAUCCCGCGGCCACCCCAACUGGGAUCCCCCAAUUAUUGUAAAUCUGUCAUAAACUCUCCACAUCACAGUACUCAGAGCGACACAUGCCCACUCGCCCAAGAAGAAAUGUUAGAAAUUAACAGAGCAGAUUCGAAACUGAAUGGGGAAGUGGCCAAGGCGGCGCUGGCAAAUGAAGACUGUCCCCACAUAGACCAGGCUAUGUCACCCGAGGAAGGUCUGCCCUUUACCCGUUCUGGCACUCGGGAGAGAUAUGGACCUUGCUUCCUCUUAUCAACCGGGGAAUAUCCCUGCCCGCCUGAUGGAGGAAUAAGAAAGGGUUAUGAAAUGUCAUGGAGCCUUAACAGCAUAGCUGGCAUAAGUGGAAAAGCAGUAGGAUUAUCCUCAAAGCCUGCACCCUACAGUUCUCCCAACCUAAUGAGACAUUCUUGGUCUCCCAUCCCAUCCAUUUCGUAGCAUGGAUCAGUAGCAGAGAAUGGUCUAGAUAAACCUCAUAACACUAUUUAUUUUUCAAAAAAACAGAGAUCAAAAAGAAAGAAAAAAGAAAAAUGAUUCUUUCUAAUUAGUCUAUGUGGUACCACAUAUGAAGAAAUGAUCAUGUUUGAAGGGGUCAUGUCUCUCGGUAGCAUCUCAUGAGGAUGGUGUUACUACGAGUGUUAGUAACACUUAAUAUUGACAACAUUCUUGAUCAGUGGUGCUGAGAUGACACUAAAUGGGCAUUAGUAGCUUUGGUGGGCCAUAACACUGCAUGAUACUGAUACAUAAGACAAAAAGGUGGAUGCACCAUGUAGUUGCCUACCGCUGGUGUACCAUAUUGAUCUGUGCUUUUCUUGGCUUAUGGUGGAUCCACUGGCUCUUAUGGAAUGGGUUAGGCAUUUAGUCCAGUGCUGAAACUUGCCAACGAUUGAAGAUUUUGCUUUUCUCAGGAUAUUUUUGAGCCAUAGGAAACCUGCAGGAGUUUGAGCAAAACACGCGCAGUAGGAUGAAAACUUUGCAUGGGCGCCUAUUCUAUGUCGAAAGCAAUAAGAUACACUGUAGAGAGGUCUCUAGCUGGCUGGCUGGCUGCAUGGGAAAAAAACAUACUGGCGGAGAAGAAAACUGGCUGCCUCUGCAUGUAGCUCUUUCUACCUUAGCCCUCCUUCUUUUAACACACCCAGCUUGGUUUGAAAAGCUCAGGAGAGAAGCUCAAGUAUUGAUUAUAUUCUUUACAUGCAGAUCUUUGCAAAGAAAGUCCUGUCAUUGCUAAAUAUAUGCCAACAGAGGCAGUCAAAGUGACUUGACAUGGAGAGAACGAGAUGGACAAUGAUGGCUUAUAAACGUCUGGGUGGAACUGUGCAGGCUUAGAAGACCUCUUCAUGUGGACCAAUGUAAUCUCACUCCAUGCAAGUUUGCAGGACGGUUCUAUGUGGUUUCAGAGAUAUAAAGUAGAUUUGCAGGCUUUUUCUAUGGCCAAAAUGUAACAAACGGUAGAAUUUUGUUGUUGUUGUUCCAUAGCAUGAAUUGCAUGAUAAAAAAUAACAAAAAAAAAACCCACUCUGCAAUUGUAUGAGUAACUUUAAAGCAGGGUGGGUGGGUGGGAAGGGAAAGACAAAGUGAUAUAUUUUCUUUCAGAGCUCUUUACUUUUACAUACAUUGUUGUAGCCAAACUGUAAAAAUUGUCUAAAACCGUACAUUCCUUUGCUAUGAAAUGCUUCUUUUUGUAUACAAACUUUAAAAAAAAAAGAGUGAAUGGGUUUUAAAAGUGCAAUUGGGUGGUCAUAUUGACCAUGCCUUCAUUAAUUCAUGACAGUGACAUGAAAAUCAAGAACUUUUCAUUGAACUAGAGUUGUGUAAAAUGUACAAACAAUCUUCUUUUCUUGUCAGUUGUUUUUUGGUUUUGUUUCUUUUGUUGGCAUGCUUGUGAAACAUGGGACUAAUCCUCAGGCCUGAUGGUAACAACUGGUCUAGAUUAAUUUUUCAGCUCUGGUUAUGUUGUACUUUAUUGGUGUGUAGAUCCAAUGUGAAGACCCUUCAUGGCAAAUUGUUCAUACUAAGUAAUUGGUAAUGAAUUUUAAAAAUUGAAAAAAAAUGCUUUUUUAAAACAACAACAACAACCUGGGACUUACAGUAUACAAAUCAGGAGACAACUCAAGUACAAACUUGUCUCAGAGUUUAAGAAACAAGGCAAUGGCAUUGUAUGCAAUUUAGAACUUCUGAGUAAAAUGCAUGCACAAUGUUAUGCAAAAUAAUUCUAGCAUGAAAUAAAUUUUGUAUCAUGGUUUCAAUGCCUGCUGUAUAGUGUAAAUCAAAAUUCUUUUCUAAAAUUAUCAGAAGUUCCCUCCUUCUGAUAAUGUGAAUAAAUACAAGACUCCCAGUGGACAAAUGAAGAACAAGUGACAUGGUUUUGAUUUGCUUCAAAAAAUGACAAAAUUAGUGGGUAUACCAUCAAGUAAGCUCUUCCUCCUGGUCCCUGGAUACAACUCAUGUUUUCAGUCUUCACAACACUAAUAAAUAUAACAAAUGGAAGGUAAAAUUAAAAAGAACUUUGUGGGUCUCUCUUUUCCCCCUUCUUUCUUU